AUGGAUGCCUUCCCAUCGGAAGACUACGCCAACGACCUAAAAAACUUGGACCUAAGCGGCGGGAACUUACCCAUGCAGCGGAGUCUCGGUCUAAGCUGGAAUUUGAGGGCCGAUACAUUCACCUUCAGAGUGCCUGCAAGGGACACUCCGAGCACAAGGAGGGGCGUGCUGUCGACCGUGAACAGCCUUUACGACCCUUUGGGAAUGACAGCUCCGGUAACCGUACAGGGCAGACUCCUGCUUAGGGAGCUAACUUCAUGCGCCGCAGACUGGGAUGCCCCACUCGUACUGGACGACAAAUGGCAAACAUGGAAGGACUCGCUUCGCGCCCUUGAGCGACUCGAGAUACCACGCCGGUACUUUGCUGAAUCCGUCACCAAUGCUCGUCGACGAGAGAUCUGCGUGUUCUCCGACGCUUCAGAGAAGAUAAUAGCCGCUGUGGCCUACAUCAGGGUUACAGAUUCCAAGGGGACGCCGCACGUGGGGUUUGUGAUCGGCAAAGCGAAGCUGGCACCACGACCUGAACAAACCAUCCCGAGGCUGGAGCUAUGUGCCGCUGUGCUUGCCGUCGAAAUCGCUGAGCUGGUGGUUAACGAAAUUGACGUUCACAUCGAAGACGUCAAGUACUACACGGACAGCAAGGUUGUGCUUGGGUACAUCUGUAACCAGUCGAGGCGCUUCUACGUCUACGUCAGCAAUCGCGUCAACAGAAUAAGGAGAUCCACGAAACCCGAACAGUGGCACUACGUCCCGACUGACCAGAACCCUGCGGACCACGCCACUCGACCAGUUGCUGCGGCAGCUCUCACUCGUACAACCUGGCUCACAGGACCCAAAUUCCUUCACGAACGCUCGAGUGCGGAGUCGGCAAGCGCAGCUUUCCCGCUCCACCAGCCAGAGGUCGACCCUGAUAUACGGCCACAAGUCUCCGUCUCUGCAACUUUCAUGAUGAACCAACAACUGGGUACCCAUCGCUUCAAGCGCUUUUCGUCAUGGACGUCACUUGUAAAGGCCUUAGCGAGUCUCGUACACAUCGCUCGGUCGUUUCUGAACCCGUCACCCACUUGUCACGGAUGGCACCAUUGCAACAAACCUCGUACCGCGGAAGAACUAGCGCAUGCUAAAAAGGUCAUCCUGCGUAGUGUCCAACACGAGGAAUUCGCAGAGAUCAUCGUUCGGCUUCGCACGGACGUACCUCAACGAAAACACUUCUCAACCAAACGCUCUCUGUGGAAGCUCGAUCCUUAUAUCGACAACGACGACCUGUUAAGAGUUGGCGGGCGCUUACGGAAUGCACACAUGAACGAGGAAGAAAAACACCCGCUUACUGUUCCCGGUCGGCACCACGUCGGUUUACUACUGCUUCGGCACAGUCAUGAGAAGGUCGUCAAGCAUCAGGGAAGGCACUUCACGGAAGGGGCUGUUAGAGCCGCUGGCUUCUGGAUUGUCGGCGGGAAAAGAUGCAUAAGCGCCAUGAUCCAUCGCUGCGUCACAUGCCGUAAACUUCGACGCAAGUGUGAGCAGCAAAAAAUGUCAGAUCUACCUGAAGACCGUCUAAACACAGACCCCCCGUUCACUUUCGUGGGACUGGACGUUUUUGGUCCAUGGGUCGUCGCCUCACGACGCACAAGAGGUGGUUUAGCCCACAACAAGAGGUGGGCAGUCCUCUUUACGUGCUUAGCCGUCCGUGCUGUGCACAUAGAAGUGAUAGAAUCUAUGGACACUUCCAGCUUUAUUAAUGCCCUACGAAGAUUCAUCGCACUUAGAGGCCCGGUUAAGCAGUUCCGUUCAGACCGAGGAACAAACUUCGUUGGUGCUUGUUCUGAACUAAAGAUAUCAUCGGUUCGCUUCGAAUCCCGCAAAGUAGAAACUUUCUUAAACGAGCAAGACUGCACUUGGAUAUUCAACACACCGCACUCUUCGCACAUGGGCGGCGCUUGGGAGCGAAUGAUAGGUAUGGCUCGCCGAAUCUUGGAUUCGAUGCUCCUCAACGAGGCCGUUGCAUCGUUCUCUCACGAAGUCUUGACGACAUUCUUAGCAGAAGUAACUGCCAUCAUAAACUGCAGGCCCUUAGUCCCUGUAUCUUCGGACCCCGAAUGUCCCUCAGUUCUCACCCCGGCAAUGAUUUUGACACAGAAACAGUCACCGCCAACGGCACCAGCAGGAGAGUUCAAAAGUCUUCACGUCAAGCAGUGGAGAGAAGUACAGGCUCUGGCCAACACGUUCUGGCACCGAUGGAGGAAUGAGUACCUACCCAGUCUCCAAAGUCGUCGCAAAUGGCUAACCGACCAACGUAAUCUUACGGUCGGCGACGUUGUCCUAUUGAAGGACGCGACAAGCAGACGCCAUGAGUGGCACAUGGGAAGAAUCAACGCUGUGUACCCAGGAAAAGAUGGAAAGGUGCGGAACGUUCAAGUACAGACGGCCCAAGACGGAAAGAAGAAAAUCUUCGAGCGGCCAGUCUCCGGUCUAGUUCUGUUGUCGUCGGAGCAGUGCCUGUAG